AUGGCAGAUGAUGGUUGGCAUUCCCCGGACGGCGCAGAUGAGACACAGCAAUCUCACGGUCGGUCAAAGCUGCGGGAUCAGUUGUCUUUGAUUGAGCCCGUCAGCGUGCCCUCCUUUUCAUCAUUCAGGAAGCGAACCUCGCAGAUUCCACUGUCGAUAGCCUCGUCGCCUGUAAGGAGGAAGCCCGUGCCAGAUAAACCUUCGCCUAGAGCCGUUUCCUUCUCCUACAUACCCUCGCCGUCCCAACCCCAUGAUGCCGCUCUGCGAACGAGGCCUUCCUCUGUAGACCAUUCGCUGCUGCUGCAGGAAACGGCUUUAACGGACGUUACCGCGCCCCCUCGCGCGUCAGAACAACAGAGCCACCAAGCUUCAGACUUGCCAAAGGAUACCAGCAGUCCUGGACAUCUCCCACCCGUUUCGUCUCUCGCUCCCUCUCCCUCCGGUGCACAACGUCGCAGCAUAAUCGACAGUCGUUUGCCGGUACCGUUAAGAUAUGAUAAGACAACCGCUCCCGGCCACCACUCAAAUUCCAGCCUGUCGAGUCAGACGUCAGUCCCAGCCUCUCCAGAGAGAGGUCGCUCUUCUACCAUGAGUGUCCCCGUCCACGCACCUGCCAUGACCGUGCAGCUCGACGGCAUACCCAGAUCAUUCACAGACGAGUCCACCGAGUCGUUCGCCUCGUCGUCAUCCCCAAGGCGAUCAAAGUCUCCUGGCCGCAAGCUCGGCUCCUUCUUUGGCUGGAAGUCGUCCUCUCCCAAUCUCGAAGCACACUCGCCAGCAACAUCCUUCUCCGACGUCUCUGCGUCGCCAGCCCACUCUCGAAGCACCAGUCACUUCGAUGCCACACCCACCAACAUGGGCCUUACUCCACCUGCACUUGACCUCCACCACCACAAUGCCGGCAGCCAACCACAUUACUUCGACAUGCCCAACACUCACCCACUCUCGACCUCGUCGACCAUGAAUGCUCAUGUUGAAGAAUUGGAGCGCGAGCUCCAGCAAGUGAGCUCCGAACUCGCUGGUUCCAUCCGACGAGAGAUGGAGCUCGAAGACGAGAUUGACCGUUUCCGCAGCGAGAUGCCUACUGGCUCACAUGAACUUGGCCGAAGAACAAGCGACUACUUCUCGGAUUCCGGCACCAGCUCUCUCAGAUAUCCCCUUGGUGACAGUGAAGCCAAGAUCGACGAGCUAGAACGUCUCAAAAGAAAGGUAGAACAAGAAAAGGCACAGUUGCAAGUCGACUACGCCCAGAAGCUCUCCGACGAGCUGAAGUUAAGAAAGAGCUUGGAGACACAAAUACAACAGCUCGAGGAGCAAAUGCACCUCAACAAAGACGGUGCACCGGUAGAGGAAGGCCACAAGGACGAACGCGUCCGCGAGCUUGAAGUCUUCCUUGAUGAGACUCGCCGUCGCCUCAGCCAGGAGCGUCAAUCAAAAGAUAACUUCGAAGAUCUGUUUGCUGCUCUGAGAGAUGAAAGUGAGAAGCAUCGCAAUGAACGAGACAAUCUUCGCGACGAAGUUGUUCCAGAACUCAAGGCCAGAGUCGAAGGACUCGAAGCUGAAGCCUCCGAGAUGCAGUCGCUCCGUUACGAGAACGCUAGCAUGCAACAACAGCUGCAAGCUCUCCGCUCAGAGGUUCAGAUGCUCCAAGAAGCACAGGACAGCACCAAUCCUGAGUUCAGCGAGGAUGUCUUCGCGCCGCCUCGAUGGCCCAAGUCAGGCUUGUCGCGAUCAAACUCUUUGGCUAGAGCCUCUUCCAAUGGUAAUCUUCGCCGCAGUAACUCUCUGGCAAGAUCUGGUUCAGUCAGAGAGCGUAGUGAAACUCGUCAAAGAUCCGACUCGGUGUCCGGCGACCGCCACAAAGACAUCGAGGACCAACGCGAUGCUCUACACCAGGCUCUCAAGAAUCUCCUGUGCAGAUACGAAGGCGAAAAGCGCGAGCACGCAAAGACAGUCCGUAAGCUCGCCGCCGACCGCGACCGCGCUAGAAAAGAAACCACUGGCAGAACCCCCUUCACACGUGAAGUUAACCUUGUCCGCUACGAGAUUGGAGAGCUUAGAAAGCGCGCCGAUGAUGCUCUCGAGCAGAAAUGGCAAUGCGAGAGCAACAUCGGUGGUGUCAAAAUGGCGCUGGACAGAGCACAACAAGAGACUCAAUCUAUGCGCGAGUACCUCAAUGGACGCACUAUCAGUGGAUCUUCCCGCAAGUCAACUUUCGAAGGACUCGGUAUCGAGAUUGCCGACGAAAAUGUCGAACUUGGUGAAGAAGAUCGUAAGACUAUGAUCAAAGUCCUCAGACAGAGCAUUGCUCUGGCCGAGACCGAGCGUGAUGCCGCGCUCCGUGAGGCAGAGGAAUACCGUCAAAAGGCAUACAUGCUUCAACAAUCUGAGGACGAGCACAUCGACACGCAAAACGAUCUUGCACACCAACUUCUCGAAGCUGCAACACGCAUGGAACAGCUAGCAUCACAAGUCCAGGAACAUUUGCAAGCCAACAUGGCGUUGCGCGAGCGUCUCAGUCAUGCAGUUGGUAAGGGAGAGCAAUCACAGAGUGAGUCAACCGCCCUCAUUGUGGGCAUGCAAUCCCGCCUCAAGAUGAUGGAGGACAACGUGGUCGCCGCGCAGCAACUGUCUGAACUGGCUCUUGUUGAUCAUGAAGAGGAAGCAAAGCAGAUCGACGAUGCCAACAGCCCGAAGUUGCAGCGUCUCAACGUGACAGGAAAGACUGCAGCAUCAUCACUGCAGGCAUCACCUCUGUUCGGAGCCAAAAGCCCCAGGAUUGGUACCACCAGCGGGAGCAUGGCCGAGAAUCUAUUCGAAGCCAGCAAAACAGCCACGCUUGAACGCAGAGUGAAGGAGCUGGAAGCAGCCCUAGUGGAUGCAGACUCGCAAAUGCAGUCGGUGGUCCAGAGAAUUAACAGUUCCCAAUUCGAGAUCGCCGAACUUCAGGGCGAAAGGGACGAAGCACAACGACAGAUGCGCCGCCUGCAGGCCUCGAUCUCAGCCGAGAAGCAGAAGGCACAGGCGCUGUUGAUGGCAUAG